GGUCAAAUUAUUUAAUUCCAUUUUUGGUGGUGCCGAGAGGCCUGAGAAGGGGGGUUGAGAUAAUAAAUGGGCGUAUAUAUAAGAGGCCAGUGUCCACUUGACAGGGAUGCCACUUUUCUCUCGAUAAGGAACUUUGGGUUUUGUGCAGUAAUCCCAUUCUUCCCCUCCAAAUCCAAAUCUCGUCUUCCUUCCCUUCUCCUCCAGCGCCUACCCUCCUUUCUCCGUGGAAGUGUGGUGUAGGUGCCAGCACUUUAAUGCACAGAAUGGAAGGAUCAUCAGAUGAUCGGCUUGGAUUUGGGAAGAUGGGAUAUGGGUGCCAACAUUAUAGGAGAAGGUGCAAGAUUAGAGCAUGUUGCUGCAAUGAAGUCUAUGGCUGUCGUCACUGUCAUAAUGAAGAAGCGAGCAUGUUGCGCAAUCCUUUUGAUAGGCAUGAGCUGAACCGGCAUGAGGUCAAGCAAGUGAUUUGUUCCGUUUGUGAUACAGAGCAGCCAGUGGCUCAAGUUUGCACAAACUGCGGUGUCAAAAUGGGAGAAUACUUUUGUAAAAUUUGUAAUUUCUUUGAUGAUGAUAUCGAGAAAGGGCAGUUUCAUUGUGAUGAUUGUGGAAUAUGCAGGGUUGGAGGUCGGGACAACUUCUUUCAUUGCAAGAAAUGUGGCUCUUGUUAUGCAAUUAGUCUGCGUAACAAUCACUCUUGUGUGGAGAACUCCAUGCGGCAUCACUGCCCCAUUUGUUAUGAGUACCUCUUCGAUUCCCUGAAAGACACAACAGUUAUGAAAUGUGGGCACACGAUGCAUUAUGAGUGUUUUUACGAGAUGAUAAAGCGUGAUAAGUUCUGCUGCCCAAUAUGUUCAAAGUCAAUCAUCGACAUGUCCAGCAUUUGGAAAGAAAUGGAUGAAGAGAUAGAACAGACUACCAUGCCUGAUGAUUACAGAGACAGAAAGGUUUGGAUUCUAUGCAAUGACUGCAACGACACCACAGAAGUAUUGUUCCACAUAAUCGGGCAGAAAUGUCGCCACUGUCAAUCAUACAAUACUCGCACAAUUGCUCCCCCCGUGCUCCCCAAUCCCUAGCAGCAGCACUGCUCUGCUUGUUUGAUCGGCUAUGAAUUUUGACAGCUUUGGACGCCGUUGCCAUGGAUGUAAACAAAACCCAGAAAGUUAAAGAAGGCUUCUUUGUUGGGAUUUUAAUUGAAUCCCCAUUGCAUCACAGCAAUUCAUCUUGAACUUUGCAGUGAUUCGUGCUGCAGAAGCGUUUGUAACAUAAUUUUUUUUGCCAAUCAUUCAAAACAAAUUUCAACUCACUCCUUGUGCUAGAAAAGUGGAAUGUUAUGAAAUAAAACUAUAAAAAAUAGUUGUCAUUCAUUUCAA